GACAAACGUUUCUGCCAUGAACGCUCUACGACGUUCAAGAUACAUAAAACGAGAACAUUUAGAUCUCGCUCUGCUCCAUGGUGAAAACGUAAUAAUUUCAUUCUGUAGGUUAAUUUUUAGUCCGUCAGUGGGAAACUAACCACAUUUUAUGGGUAAUAAGCAGCAAUAACUCAGCCCGUAUACGGAUUGGUAGCGUUAUUUUUUUUAUAUCCUACUGCCUCGGCAAAAUGGCCACGGGAGGAUUACUCUUAUUGCUGUUAUCAAUCAUUGGGUUAUCGUUGGCCUAUGUUGAGUCGCUAGCUGGCAGUGCAGCCAGCAACGUGGAAAUCCUUGAUGAUCGCUUGAAGAAGAAGUUCGAGCCUCAAGUGGCCGUGAAAUGUGGCUAUCUCAAUCAGUAUAUGAUGGAAAAUGGACACUGGGCGGCCAACAAAUACCCCGGCACAACUGUCAUCCGCAAUUUUUUAUGGCCCGCGCUAAAAAUAUUGACUGUUUGGGUUAAACAUGAAUAUCUGUCUCUCUGUUCACAGGACCGCAUCGAUAAAAUGAUGAAAGAGUGGACCGACGUUUCCCAGCGUUACAAAGAACUGAAGAAAAGCGAUCCACAAGGCGCUAAAAAACUCAAGAGCGACUUAAUGAGUCGCGUUCGUAAAACCAUGUCGGCACUGGAGGAAGAGUAUAAGGAGCAGAAACGCCAGCUAACUGAAUUACACCGCCAGCGUAUUGAUGUCCAGCUGAAUGAGCGUAAACGCCAAUCGAUGGAUGAAUAUUUGGAUGCUAUACAGGAACGCCGGCCGAAAGCUAGUAAACUGUAUAAUGCCCUGGAGAAAUAUAUUCGGGCGGAGGAGAAAGAUCGUGAGCACACGGUAAAACGUUACCGUCAUCUGCUGGACAGCGACCCAGUUAAGGCAGAGGCGACAUUGCCAAGUAUUUUGGCCCAUCUGUCCGAUUUGGAUCAGCGGAUUAAUGAAAGCAUGAAGAUGCUGAACCGGGUGCCGGAAACUAUUGCCAGAGAUGUGGAGCGACGGGCGCGAACAUUCUGGGCAUCGCAUCGGCGAGAAAUGUUCGGGGAAGGGACCAACGAAGAAAUUUUGAAAAAGAAUAAGCAGAAAUUUAUCGCUGAAGAUAACAGGGAUAAAAUCUCAGUGCAGCGGGAUCUUGAGGAGAAAUUUGAUCAACUCGAAAGUAUCGAUAGCGACGAAGAUGACCUUGUUCAGUCUGAGCCCGAGAGUGAAAAGGAGGUCACCACGGCUGCAACGACACCUGUUCCCACCAUCGACGACGAUGGCCUGGAUUUCCUGCCUCGCAACCGUCCCACCCCUAUCCCGCACGUGGCGAUCCUGUCGACUGUGACCAGCACCGCUGAUCCGGAUGAUGAGGAUGACGUUGUAGAGGACGAGAGUGCCAUCGAUAACGAAGAGGCGGAACUGGAGAAAGAUGAUAAUGAUUUGGAACGCGAGAGUGUGCCAUUGAGGAAAUUCCAAGAUGUUAGCAGUGUCGCCAAUGCUAAACUCCACCGGGAGGAACAGGCUCCCCAUGCCAGUGUCCAGCGGAUUGCCGUGUCCGAUACGGAAAGCAAUGCCAGCCGGAUACUGUAUAUUGGGUUGGGAUUGGUGGGAGUUGCAUUUUUUGCCGGGUUGUUAUUGUUGAUUGUGGUACUAAGAAGGAAGAACCCCAGAAAGGAGGGCUUUGCCCCCGUGGACACCUACGCCACGCCUGAAGAACGGCAUGUGGCAACGAUGCAGGCGCAUGGAUACACUAAUCCCUUCUUUAAUCAUAAUCAUGCCAAUCAAUAUUCCAAGGCAUGAAGCGGGUCAGUGAUGGACAUGUGUUGGUCAGUGCCAAAUUACAGCGUCUGUCUCUCUUUUGCUCGCUUUCGUCUGUCGUCAGACUCUGAUUUGUCCUUGUAAUCGAUCAACUCAAACACCAAACAUUUCACAUCCUUUUCCUCAGUCUUCAGACCUGUUUUCCUGCAAACUCAUCAUGUUGGACAAGAGGAUUCGUAAGCGCCCUGUAUGUAUUUCCGCAUGAUUCGAAUUGCCACCGACAAUAACUUUGCCUUUCUCAUCAAGAAACAUUUUGUAAUUAAUAGAAUUCUCCAUUUUAUUGUCGUUCAGUAAUCUUUUCUUUGGCGAAAAGCAACAACCCGGAUCCACUUAUUCGUGCAAAAAUUAUUUUUAAUUUUUUUAGUUUGUUCUGUAGUACGAACUACGUUGGCCUGCGCUUUCGCAGCGUUCAUCGUGUUAGUUUUCUAACAUCCGAUUUACGUUGUCCUCUAACCAUGACACAGUGCAGAUGGCCAACGCGAGUUUUGUUUGAAUUUUUAUGUUUUAUUCCGUUUGUUCCUUUCACUCGGCAGCUAUGGUUUGGUUUGCGUUUUUUAUGAUUAUGAUAUGAUUUCGCUAGUAUUUUAUUAGCAUGUUUUAGUUUGUGGUGCAUGUAAUUCUCGAUGUUUCUGUGCUAGGUCGCAUCUGUUAGCACAUUCCGUAAAAUAUUUGAAGAAAAAAGAAUUACAUGGCACGAUGCACGAGGCUUACUGAUGGCAGCUGGUUAUACUGGUUAAUCUCAUGAUGUGACUGUUAACGAUUUCUGUAAAACAACCAUUCUGUUUAAUAAAAGUGGAAAUUUC